ACAUAACCUGUAAACGCAUGUUCUAUAUAAUUUUGGAAUGUGCAGUUAUGCAGUCAACAAACACAUAACGAAAAAGUUUGCAAAAUAUGAUAUGCCUUUAUGCGAAAAGAUAAAAAAAGAAUUUAAUUAUUGAUUUUCAUGAUUCUGUAUCAUAUACGUAACAUAAUCCUCGGAUUUAAAAAAUGGAGAAUAUUACUGUUAAUCGGUACCUGCGUUCUUGCUUUGAGAAUAAAUGUUAUUUUGCAAACUUUGUAUCCUUCAGUAACGCAGCUGACGGAGCUGCACAAGUGUCCGGUGUGUUACGGGGCUUCCGCGUGUCAUAACGUUCAUAGAAUAGAUCUUCUAUGGAAUGAUGUUAAUGCAGUAAUCUCCCAUUUGUUUGGCGUUAAAAACGUAUUCUAUGGAACGUAUAAUCAGAGCAAAGUGGUGCUAAAGAAGUUGGCAUACUCUUCUGAAUUGAAAGCACUGGACGUUACAUUGUGCAACAAACUCCAUUUGGCAUAUCCUUGCUUGAAUGUUCCAUUAGAUGAAUAUGCAACAGAUUUUUAUGGUCUAAUCAGAAGGACAAUUACCUCUGAUUUUUCUAAGGAUGAUACUAGUCGCUUGAGACUUUGUCCGACAAUAGAACAUUUAGAUGAUCUAUUUUACAAUAUCCAUCUUAACAAUAAACAUAUAGAUCCUACGCAAUACCUAAUUAAUCUCUGGACAUUAGUUUCUAUAAAUCCAGAGCCAUUAAUUCUUCAGAUAUUAUCUGCUGAAGAUGGAUGGCCUGUACCAAAAUAUUUUGGAGCUUGUGGCCGGGUUAUUAUUGAAGAAUAUAUUGGGUCACCACUUUCUGAUUGUUAUGACAAAUCUUGGAUUGAAAGAGUAAAAAUCGCUUCAAGCCUUUUAAAUGCUGCUUACAUGUUUACUUUUAAAAACGAAAAAUUCAGUUUUUAUUUAACGGAUAUAUCGGCCGACAAUAUUGCUGUUGACCAUGAAAAUGUAGCGAAGUUUAUUGAUUUAGAAAAUAUUAUUAUUGUUGACAAAGAUAUUUCUCAAGAAGAUAAAUUAAAAGAAUGGCAGAAAAUACAUAACAACAUGAUGCACCUCGAUUGUCCUAAUUGUUUUGCAUUUUCUGCCGAGGAUAUUUGUAAUCAUCAUUUAAGUGACCACAAUUAUUAUGCAAUUUGUCAGCUUCUAUUAAAUUCAGGAAAUGGAAAUCCAUUUCCUGGUGGAUUUCUUCACGAUACACCUGUUAAUAUUGAACAGCAAUAUCCCGAUAUUGAGCAUUUUUUGCAACAAUGUGCUGUUCCUGAUUCUACUAAUUCCAGAAUAUUUUUUGGCCAGCGACUCAAAGCAUUAUUGGAUACAAUUUUAAAAGAAUUACUUUAACACGAAUACAACAUAAAAUAAGUUACAAUAGUUUCUUAAAAAUUCGACGAAACUUCCGAAAACGCUUAUGUUCUGAUUUAGUUCAAAUUUUGAAAAUAGAUUUCUUUUAAAAAACAUAUGCAAAAUGGAUUUUUGGUGAAAUGAUUAAAGAUUCUUUUUAUAUCAUAUCUAUUUUUUAUAAGUAUAAAAUUGAUAAUUUUUUAAUCUGUUUUACUAAAUGGAUGAGUCUACAAUAUACUAAAAAUAGAAAACAACUUAUAAACAAUACAAAUAUUAGUACUGUAACACGACUUAGAAACGAGUAAUGAGAGAAACGAGAAAGAUUUUAGAUAUCAAAGCAGCUAUGAUAUUUUUGCUCAUGAUAUGCUCUACCUUGAGUAAAAGUCUUGCUAAUCUUUUUUAAUAUUCAUUAUUUAUAUAAAAAAAUUUGGUAUUUUUUAAAAUAAAACGUAUGUUUAUGUUCUAUUAUAUUUAUAAUUAAAGGUUAUAAGGCUAAAUGGCACGCACAAUGUAAUGUUUUGUAGCAUAAAAAACUAAUACCAACAUAUUUGAAACUCAUCUAUUUUAUGUAAAAAGGACAUUUUUUGGAAGCGGCUCGCCAAACAAAUUUUUCAAAGUGACUGAUGAAAUUAACCAUCUUUGUAUCAUUGUAGUAUUAUAUCUUUGAUUCCUCGGCUAAAUUAAAUCAUAUCAGACGAUUUAGGGGAACAUAGCAGCCACUUAUGCGUACAGGUCUAAUUUAAUCUGCUUUCUCGCUUACUUAUCAUGAUCAAAAUUCGCGAAUUCCCACAUCACUGAAUUGCUGAUAAAUGUAAAGUAUUUUACAUUUCAAUAUAUCUCUAUUUUAACACUUUAUGGAAUGAUAUCUACAGUACAGGGAUUGUUUUUGUUAAGCUCUUAAUUUCAACAGAAAUUGCAAUGGAAAGUGGAUCUAAGCAUAUACAUAAUAUGAGGAUAAAACAUGUCUGAUUAUAUUAAUACCUUAUGCGCAAUUGUACUGAUAUCAUUGAUAAGCAACAAUGACAAUGCGUUCCCUCAACGCUGCUAUCAAUCAGUAAUAAUUCUUUGUGUCAGUUUCUUUAAUAUCGGUAUUGCCUUUGGGACCUUUCAAAUUGGAAGUUUGACAUUUUACGAAUUUGGACGCAAUUCAUUGAAUUGAAAUUUAAAGACUAGAGAGAAGAUAUUAGUAUGUAAAAUCGUGUGAUAUAUUGUCAUGUUCUUGAUAACAUAUCUAUUACAAUUCAAAUUCCUAAGAUCUUUGGUAAAAUUUUUCCGUGUAUCGAAGUAAUGUUAAGUAAAAGAAGGCAGAAAUAUAUAUCCGUAUCAUACAGUAAAAAUAUGCAUGCUUACAUAUACAUAAUUACGUAUUGUCUACAUAGUAAAAAAUAUUUGUAAAAUGGUUUUACAUGCGCCAUAUUCGAUUAUGAUAUUUAUAUAAUUGGCACUAUUUAAUUAUAUAUAUUUUUUGAUUUCUUCAGUAGUCUUAUUUUAGUCAGUCAAACUGCAUAUUAUACACAUUACAAACUAUAAUACAAUUGUAUGUUUAAGGUUAUUGAUCAAUUAUGAUGACCAAUAAAUAUGAGUAGGCUGA